AUGGAAGUACCAAGGCCGCACGUCGUGUGUGUUCCUCUACCAGCACAAGGCCACAUGAACCCAAUGUUAAAACUAGCAAAACUCCUUCAUCUCAGUGGCUCCUACAUCACUUUCGUCCACACACAAUUCAACUUCGAUCGCUUGGUCAAAUCUAGAGGCCAAAACACUCUUAAGGGCCUUCCAGAUUUUCGGUUUGAGACCAUAUCUGAUGGAUUGCCUCCGACAAACCAACGAGGAAUAUUGGACCUGCCAGAAUUAUGCAGAACAAUGCCUGUUGAAGGAUUGUGUUCAUUCAGAGACCUCGUAGCAAGGCUUGUUUCUUCAGCAGAUGUUCCCCCUGUUACUUGCAUCGUUUCUGAUGGUGUCAUGGGCUUUACUUUGAAAGUUGCCCAAGAAUUCAACAUUCCUGAGUUCAUGCUUUUCACCCCUAGUGGAUGUGGAAUGAUGGGGUAUCUUACCUUUGAAGAGCUUGAGAAAAGAGGUUAUUUUCCACUGAAAGAUGAGAAGAAUUUGUGGGAUGGAUAUCUUGAAACUGAAGUUGACUGGAUACCAGCAAUGAGAGGGGUAAGACUGAAAGACCUUCCCACCUUCUUUAGGACUACUAAUCCUUCUGAUACAAUGUUCCAUUACAACAAAGAGUCAGUGAACAAUGCUGUGAAAGCCAGAGGGGUCAUCCUUAAUACCUUUGAAGAUUUAGAAGCAGAGGUUUUGGAAGCAAUUAGAGACAAAUACCCUCAACUUUACCCCAUUGGUCCAUUGCAAAUGCUCUUUAAACAGUUUUCAAAUUCAAGUAAUCAAUUGUUGUCCAUUGAUUUAAAUUUGUGGAAUGAAGAUGCUAAGUGCAUGGAAUGGCUAGACAAAAGAGACAAAGCAUCUGUUGUUUAUGUGAAUUUUGGGAGCUUAGUAAUUAUGACUUCUAAGCAAUUGAGAGAGUUUGCUUGGGGAUUGGCUAAUAGCAAGUACCAUUUUCUGUGGGCAAUUAGGCCCAAUCUUGUGGAGUGUGGAGGUGAGGUCAUAUCAAAUGAAGAAUUUGUGGCCGAAAUUGACCAGAGGGGCUUGAUAUUGAAAUGGUGUUCACAAGAGAAAGUUCUAGGCCAUCCAUCAAUUGGAGGCUUUUUAACACAUUGUGGGUGGAACUCCACGUUGGAAAGCAUUUGUGAGGGAGUGCCAAUGGCGUGUUGGCCUUUCUUUGCUGAGCAACAAACCAAUUGCUUUUAUGCUUGCAACAAAUGGGGGGUGGGAAUGGAAAUUGAGAGUUGUGUUAACAGAGAACAAGUUGAAAGGCUUCUGAGGGAACUGAUGGAAGGGCAGAAAGGGAAAGAAAUGAGGAACAAGGCUGUGGAGUGGAAGCAAAAGGCUGAGGCAGCAACAUCACUUGGUGGUUCUUCUUACAACAACUACAACAGUUUGGUUUUACAUUUGAAAGAGGCCAAUAAAACAUCCAACCACAAAUGA